UUCUUUUUUUUCUUGAAUUUUAUUCCAAGAAAUAAUAGUGCUCUUAUCUUAAUAAACAGAGCUGCAACAAUAAAAAAAACAAUGAAUUAUGUCUUCUUCCCAACAAAGUUUCCAAAUUAAAACCAAAUCUAGAAAUUAAUCUGAGCUCACAAUGCAGAAUCUCCACAUAACAAAAUAGAAAAGUAAAUAGUUUUCAAUCUUGCUUGAUUAAAGUUUCUCUCUUUCUUGAGAGCUCUUUAUCCACUUUUUAAGCUGAAAAAAGCAGUAGAUUCACAGUUUCUCUCUCUCUCCCUCUCUCUCUAUUCCCUUUUUGUCUGUGAGACUGUGACAGUAUUUGUAACCAGAGACCGCCUUCUUUAUAGCCUUUGCGAUGGAGGGCACUAGGGGCACUUUGGUAAUUUCAAUCAGGUAAAGGUAGUAGAGAGAGAAAGAGAAAGAGCAGCGGUUGUUUGUUCCAAUCUGAGACAAGAACACUUCACUCAACUCCACCCCCCAAAUAUUUCCAUUUUCGUUUCGUUUCGAUUUUUUUAUUUUCUGUUAUUUUUUUUCCUAUAAUCACUCUGUUGAAACUCGAGUCCAACUACAGAUUUUCGAUUCAGGUUUAUUCCCAGAGUUGGAGUGAUAUUUCUCUUCUCUUUCACGAUGUCCACAUUAUAGAUAAACCCCACCUUUUUUUUUUCUUUUUCUUUCGGUUGUUGAAGAAAUUGCAGCAAGAGAUUCUUGAUUUUCGCCAUGUCUGCUAAAUCGAAAUCUAGUUUAUCUGGAACUCCAAAUGCUAAAGCAUCACCGGCAACUCCUCGAAGCAGCAGGGGAGUUGCUAGACCUAGUGGUGACUCGAUUUCCUCGUUGCAAAAUGGCCGCCUCUCCAUUGAUAGAUCCCCGGGAUCUCUCACUCCCAAGCCUAAAGUGGAGAGGGCGUCGCCCAAGCCCAGCACUCCGACUGAUAGGAAGCCAACGCGUAUGGUGAGGCCGUCUUCAGAGCUUCAGGCGGAGCUGAAUCAAGCUCAGGAGGAUUUGAAGAAGGCGAAUGAGAAGCUGGUUUCAGUCGAGAAGGAAAAGGUGAAGGCUCUUGAUGAGGUGAAGGAAGCCCAUAGAUUAUGCAAUGAGGCAAACGAGAAGCUUGAGGAAGCUCUGCAGGCUCAGAGACGAGCGGAGGAGAAUUCAGAGAUUGAGAAGUUCCGGGCGCUUGAGAUGGAGCAGGUGGGGUUCGGAGCGAAUCCCAUGAAGGAAGACGAAUGGCAGAAAGAGUUGGAGGCUGUGAGGAGUCAGCACGCCGUGGAUGUGGCUGCGCUGCUAUCUGCAACACAGGAGCUUCAGAAGGUGAAGCAAGAACUGGCAAUGACGUCUGCUGCAAAGAACCAGGCGCUGAACCAUGCUGAUGAUGCAACAAAAAUAGCCGAGAUUCAUGCAGAGAAGGUCGAGCUUCUGUCUGCUGAAGUGAUCCGCUUGAAAUCUGCACUUGAGUCGAGGGUAGAGAUGCAGGCUGUUGAGAACAAUCAAUUAGUGUCGAGUUUGGAGUUGGAGAUACAUUCUCUUCGACAAGAACUUGAACGAGCGAAAUUUUUUGAGGAGAAAUUGUCCGGAAAAGAGGCUGCAAUGGAGCAACUCAAUGUUGAUCUCGAGGCUUCCAAGAUGUCUGAAUAUUAUGCGCAUAAUCUAGUGAGGGAGCUUCAUCAACGAGUCGAGGAGCUAACGUCUCAAGCUGAGCAAGCGAGUGAAUCAGAGAAGUCGGCUUCAGAAUCUCUUGGAACGGUGGUGAAAAAACUGGAAGAAAGUAAUGAUUUGCUGCAUGAUGCAAAGUCUGAGAUCGCGGUGCUUAAGGAGAAGCUCGGUUUGUUGGAGACCUCAAGCAAGAGACAGAAAGGCGAGUUGGAGGAAUCAGAGCAUUGUCUUGAACGAGCUAGAGAAGAUUCUUCUGAACUGGUGAAGAAGGUGGAAGUGCUUGAGUCUGAACUUGAAACCACGAGAGAAAUGAGAAGCAUUGCGUUGAACAACGAAAAAAUUGCAGCUGCUAGCUUAGAAGUGCUGUUGGAAGAGAAGAGCAAGCUCUUGAACGAGCUGGAAACAUCCAGAGACGAAGAAGAGAAAAGCAAGAAAGCGUUGGAGAGUUUGGCAUCAGCAUUGCACGAAGUCUCUUCGGAAGCAAGAGAUGCGAAAGAAAAACUAAUCUUGAGUCAAGCUCAGAAUGAAAUUUAUGAAAGAGAAAUGGAGUUUCUGAAACUGUCCCUGAAAUCAACCAAUGAGAAGUAUGAAAGUAUACUCGAUGAUACAAGAAAACAGAUCGAUGCUCUUACUUGUUCAGUUGAGAUGUCGAGGCACGAGUGUGGGAACUUGAAGGCGGAGUUGGAGCAGAAGGAACUAGAUUUGACGAACUCCGUGAAAAAGUCUGAAGAGGAGAAGUCCGAUAUGGAAAACGAAAUAAGCAGGCUGAUCGAUUCAGUUGAACAGUCAAAGCACGAUUAUGGUACCUUGAAGGCCGAGUUGGAGCAGAAGGAUCUAGAUUUGGUGAACUCUGUGAGAAAGUCUGAAGAAGUGAAAUCCCAUAUGGAAAAUGAAAUGAGUAGUCUGAUUAAAUCGCUCGAACAAUUGAAGCAUGAUUAUGAUAGUUUGAAGGCCGAGUACGAGCAGAAGGAGGGAGAUAUGGUGAACUCGGUGAAGCAGUCUGAAGAAGAGAAUAUUAGUAUGAAAAACGAAGUAAGCCGGCUGCUGAACUUACUAAAACUGGCGGAGGAAGAGUCGUCUGCAACGAGAGAGGAUAGGGAUCGGUUGAGUAAGUCCUUCAACGAAGCUGAUUCAGAGGCGAUUUACCUGAAGCAAGUCCUGGAUGAAGCAAAGGAGGAGAGCGUGAGACUAAAAGAGUGCGUGAAUGAGAUGGAACACCGACUGCGCAGGAUUCUUGCAGAGAAUGAGGAUCUGCGCAGAAGGGAAGCAGCGUCUCAGGAAAAAGUCGAGGAGCUAUCUAAGUCGCUUGAAGAAGCUUUGGGCAAGCAGGAGGAGGAAGAAAGUGGCGACCUAACAGACUGCGAGAAAGACUAUGAUAUGCUUCCGAAAGUGGUAGAGUUCUCCGAACAAAAUGGUACAGGGGAUGUGAGGCGUGAACCGAAGGAGCCGCCCAUCAAAGAGAAGCAAGCUGAUGAUGAAGUCGAGAACUCGAAUGGGAAACUAAAAGAUGGCGAAAAAAGCGCAGAAGUGGACCUGAAGAUGUGGGAAAGCUGCAAGAUUGAUGUGAAGGAGUUGUCUCCCGAGAGAGAAAUGGAGCAAGAAUCCUUUGAGGAUGAGCUCGAGCCAAAAGGGGAAGGUGGCGAUCUGUAUGAUCACGCGAACGGGGUGCUUUCGAGUGAAAAUAAUGGGAGCCCGCCAUCGAAGUCGAGCAGUCAGAAGAAGAAGAAGGCAUUGCUGCAGAAGUUUGGAAGCCUAUUGAAGAAGAAGGGCAGUAGCAAUCACAAGUGAUAGCAGCGUUUAGGGAGGAGAGGAGGUACAGUGAAUAUUUUCCAUGUAUGUUUGCUUUUGGUAAUUGGCUUUUCUUUCAUUUUUUGUUCCAAUUUUACCCCUUAUAGGUUUGUCUGGCAAACUUGGAAACUGGAGAUUUGUAUCACAAUUUGUCUGACAAUGUAAUGUGAGUUAUGUUGUGGAAA